AUGAUUACAUUAGAUGUUGCCGCUGCCUCAGCAGCAUUUGAAGCAAAAGUCAUCACCCACUUGCGUGACGAAAUCGCAAAGGCUAUGGCGAGUGCAAAUAGUGAUAUUAAUGCACAAUCGGAGAAAUUUAGCAAGUUAUUUAAUGCACGUUGGCCUGCUGAGAAUCCAGAUGAAUUCUUACAGCAAUUUGUCAAACUCAGCUUUGGCAAAGCUCCAAGCAAUGUUUCGCAAGAUAAGGGCAAGGGAAAGGCGACUGAUGAAGCAGUUGCUUCACCUGGCAUAGCAAAUGAUGAACAUACCGAAGAUCAAGAUGUCAUUGCUAGCGGAUCGCCGCACUCCUCUCUCUCACCAACCAAUCGCGCCGCCAAAGAAGCAAGCCUGCACCUGCAAUCGAGCGCCGCAAUUUCAGAACCGCGUCGACAAACUGAAAGCCGACCAGUACCAGGAUUGUAUCUCCUAGCAAUUCCACGCCAGCAAUUGGAACAGCAACCAAUUUUCGCAAUUUUGUACCGUGCCGCAAACUCCAAGCAAAUUGAUGCCUAUAAUGUGCCAUCAUAUGGUCGCACAUUAAAGCAAAAUAAUGCCUUGCCCCACUGCGGAGGCAGUGGAACCACCAAGCCAAUUGGCGAGCAAAAGAGCGUAAACUACAUGGCAUGCAUUUUGUGGCCUCAACCAUAUGAGGGAGUAGAUACACGCAACUUUAAGGCACUUAAGGAGUUCGCACAUGUUGAGCAAUUUUUAGACAGGCUGAAAGAUCAAAUCCUUCCCGCACACCUCAACAUCCGCGAUGCGUACAUCGACUUCACAAAGACUCGUGCACAUGUUGAUGGUGGCAACAAUAAAGUAAAUAAUGGAGCAAUGAGAGAUAUGGGCGCAAGACAAAAUACGUCUGCGGGUCCAUCCAGAGCAAAGAAUAACGAGAAACGCUCGUGGGACGAUCGCAAUGAGAAAGAGAGAUCUUAUCCGGAUAGGAAGAAGAGGAGCUAUUGA